AAAUCUGAUGGAUGACUUUGGCUUUUGAUGACUAAAAAAAUAGUCUGUACAGCACGUGCAUAUGCAUUAACUAGCAGUUUCAGGAACUAGGAUGGAAAUAAUGACUGGCAGGUUUGACCAAAUAUUGAAGGACACAGCAAAAGCAAGUGACAUGAAACUUCAAAUAGAGUCUUCACUUUUUUAAAAUUAAGCAUAAAAAAUCCCAGUGAAAACCUCCCCGCUGAACCAUGACUGAUCAAAGGUGGAACAGGCUCAACUGCAUCAAAGGAGCAUUCAGUGUCCUUAGCACCAGCGGUGGCAUGAAGCUGAGACAGAGAAGCGCACCACUUCGUCAUAAGUUUUUAGAUCCUUAUCAUGGUUAUUCAGAAGAUACAUCAGCUCAGUCAGAUGGUAGUUUGAAUCUCAUUAACAACAUACAUUGUAGAAGAGUUAACCAUUGGCUCACACACAAAAUGCCAGAGGUGAUAGCCUUGGAAGACAUCUUCCCUCCAGAAGACCAAGAGUUCCUCCAUACAUCAUCAAACUGGGUCUUCCCAGCAACAGAAAACCACAGUGAUGUUUCUAUGGAAACAAUAAUUGAUUUUAAAAUGCCAGUGGCUACAAUCAGUGAAGACAUAGGGGAUUUUCCAAUAAGAUGUGUGAGACCAUUUGAACUAUAUAGGAACUCUGAAGUAAUUGCUGAUUCAAUAUGGCUGACCCCUGACCAUUCCUUACUUAUGGAUAUUGAUCCAUCAAAAUCCAUGGGAUACCCAGAAAGCCCAGCAGCUGCAUUGCAACAGCCUAUGCUUACGGAAUGUGAGGGUGACGUUACCAUGUGUGAGCAACCAAUCCUCAAGAGCAAACAAGUAUUUCCAAUUCUGGAGUGUGUUGGGGGAAAAUUAAGAGAAAAACUGUCUUUCCCAUACUGCUGGGUAGGAUUACAGAUCCUCUGGCAGAUCGGAAGGAAAAGGGAUCAGGAUUUAAGUGCUCUUGCCCUGCUGUAUUUCCACUUAGAUCCCCAUGGGAGAUGUUGGUUGGCUUCAGUGACGGACAUUCUCCUUGAUGGUGCUUGA